CUUUGACCGAUAUGAGGCUACCGAGGAUGGAUCGUCACCAUUAAUACGAUUACUUACAGAAUCUGUCGAAGGAAGUGAAAAAAAACUAAGUUGGAAAUAAAUGGAAAUGGUGGCGUGGUACAAUCAGAUAACAUUGGGAGGCGUACAGACAGCAAUGGCAAAAUCUUCCGUUGUUUUGCGGGCAGGGCAUCCCUUGGCGCCUGAUCUCUCUCCCGACCGAUCCAUGCUCAGUAGUUCCGGACUCUCCUCUAAUCGCCGUCGCGAUCUUGUUUUCAUCGUCAACCCCCGAGGAGCUAAUGGGAGGACGGGGAAGGACUGGAAGAAACUGCUUCCGUAUCUCCGGUCUCGUCUCGGUGGCGAUUGUAAUAUAUGUGAAUCUCUGACUUCAGGUCCUUUGCAUGCUAUUGACAUAACAAGGGAGGCUAUAAGGGAGGGUGCUGAAGCUGUUAUUGCUGUUGGAGGUGAUGGAACUCUACAUGAGGUUGUUAAUGGAUUCUUUUGGGAUGGGAAACCUGUUUCUGAUCACAUCAAAGAGGCUGCUCAUUCAACUGCUCUUGGCCUUAUCCCUUUAGGGACUGGGUCUGACUUUGCCAGAACAUUUGGGUGGAAAAAUGAUCCUCAUGAAGCCAUCGAGCGCAUUGCUAGAGGGCUGAGAUCAAGAAUAGAUGUUGGAGUUAUCAGUGGAGAAAGUGGAGAAUUGCAUUACUUCAUAAAUGUUGCUGAUGUGCAUUUGAGUGCCAAAGCAGGUUACUAUGCUUCAAGAUACAAGAGAUUUGGUAAUUUAUGCUAUGUUAUUGGUGCUUUGCAAGGCUUUAUGGGGCAUCGUAAUGUGGACCUCAGAGUGAAGGUCAAUAAGGGUGAGUGGGAAAUCUAUUCUCAAGUCUCAGCCAUAUGCAUCGGAAAUGCAAAGUACUUUGGGGGUGGCAUGAAAAUUACUCCAAAUGCUGACCCUCAUAGUGGAAAUCUUGAGGUUGUAAUACUCCAGGAUUUCAAGUGGUAUGACUUUAUUUUAAAACUGCAUAAACUAUACAAGGGGACACACUUGUCAGUGAAAAAUGUAUCUUCAAGAAAUGUACAUUCUAUUGAAGUUGAGGACAUUUCUGGAAGUGGUGGCGUUUAUGUUCAGUCUGAUGGGGAACAUUUAGGUUUUCUUCCUAGGAAGUUUUGCAUUUUGCCUGCUGCUAUUGAGAUGAUAUCCUGACACGAGCCUCUGAGAUCCUCAAACUGUGAAAAGAAUUGUUUUGUCUACUUGGUUGCUUGAAAUGGUUGCAUCUCUUGGGCAAGAGACUGGACUGCUCUGUUGGAAUGGUGGCCCAUUUUUUGUGGCAAAGCAAUUAUGUGGAAAUAAAAGGUCAGAAACUUAUGAGCAAGAGUUUAUUGAAGGAAAACAAAUCACAAGGCUCUGAUGGGUAGCUUGGAGGAGAUCUUAUGACACAUGAAAUUUGGCAAUUCUAAGAAUUACUCUGGCCUUCUUUGCAAAGUCUUGUGGAUUUGCUCUGUGUUUUAUAAUGUAAUGGUACUGCAUCCAGUUUCACAUGUAACAUGCCAAAGCACACUUUUUUUU